AUGUCACUAUUAGUGACCAGUGAACCAAGGCAAGAUGCGGUAGAAUCGACAAAAGGAGCAAUCCGGUGUCGAAUACCCCAGAGGUUGCCUGCUGGACGGUUAAGGACUCAACCUAAUAGAGCCAAACCUAUAACAGAUAUUACGAGACCGAAAUAUGAACCGACAACUACUCCACAGCCCCGGUUUCCGGCAAAAAACGCUGCGCGGCCGCGCUCUGAUGAGUCAAGACCAAAGUCGGCGAAUCGUAUGAAAGAUGAUUUGGGCAUAGGACGGAACACGCACCCAGCGUCGCGUUCUGCCAGACAGGAACGAUUUUCUCUACCUCAAAGAAUAAUCCAAUUGAAGAGGCCAUCCACAAUACCAAAAAAAAUUAUGGAUCACGUUCAAAAGUCAUCGGCGAGGCCAAUUAUAACUGUCCCUGCCUCUAACCCACAGAGAAAUCAAUUUAAAAACAUGCAGAAUGACUUACCAGAUCAGGAAACAAUAGAAAAACAGGAAAGGUGUGAAGAUUUGGACGAUUUGGACGGGCCGACAAUAACUGACAAAGAAUCAUUAUGUUCACGCAGCGAUAAAGUGGUUAAACUUAAAGUAAAUUGGCAGGAGAAUAUAGUGCAGUUUGAAAAGAUGAAAUCUGAUCUAAGGGAUCGUCAGAAAGCAAUUAUGGAGCUUUAUGCACUGAUGCGAAAUACCCACCAGAAGAUGAAAGGACUAGGACAUAAGGUGACCCUGCCACCUGCAGACGACUUGCGCAUAAUGAACGUCGCCAAGUUGACAGCAGAACAGCUGUUGCAUCUCUGUUCUGUUCCACAGGCAGGUAGGAUUGUUAAAGGUAGUCAAUCAUCAACAAAAGCACCGCUGACCGUGGACUUAAACAAGUUGUAUGGCAUGCCAUCUAAAUUAGUUGCAACUUGUGAACAAACCUUGUUCAAGAGAAAGGAGAUUAUAGAUUGGUUUGAAACUUUGAAAACGGAGGAUAAGGGUAUUGGAAUGCACAAACUAUCAAAGAAGAUUAAUGAAUUCAAUGCAGAGAAUGAAAUGUUAAAAUGCUCUUUAGAACAAGCUAAAGGAGAUUUUCUUAAAGAAUUGAACGAGAUAAUAGAAUUUAUAAGAAAAACAGCGAACGAUUCAGUGGCCCUUCAACUGCGCACAGAGGAGCUGACAUGCGAGUUAUCUGAUCUUAAUUCGCAGAAUUCCGAUUUAAGAAAACAAAUUCAUAAUUCUGAUCACCUGCGCUCACAAUCAAAUAAAAAUAAAGUAGAAGAGCUUGAAAAAGAACUCAAGGAAGAGAGGUGUAAGAAAAUAUUCAUAAGGGACCGGUUGUCUCGAGCAGAAGGUCAAAUCAAGAUGGGAGCAGAACGCGCGUCGCAAUUAGAAGCCGCUCUAGAACAGGCACGCUCACAAACCUGGACUCUAGAACGCACCAUCCAACAAUUGCAUGAACAGAACCGAAAACUUCAAACUGAUUUUGAUAAUGAAUUAAAUAAUUUAAGAGAAUCCAUCAGACAAAAUACUAUGCAUUUGGAAGAAAUCGGCGAAGCCCGUGAAAAAUUACAAGCUGAAAAGGAAGAUUUAGAAAAGCGGCUCGGUGACCUGUCCAAUUAUUAUAAUGAAUCUCUUCAGACUAUAAAACAUGAUAUGAACGUGAACGUAGCAAAGCUUAUUGAAACUGAAAAGAAAUACGAACAAGAAGUAGAGGAAAGGAAAAAGGUCGAAGAAAGAUUGGAAACAGUAUGUGGCCAACUUUUAGAGAUGGAACUUGGAGCAAAAGAUAUGGCGAAAGAGUUAGAGGAAACGAGAAAUCAAUUAAAUAUUGCGGUAACAUUUGAACAAGAGUUAUUAGUAGCUAAACGAGAUUUAGAAGAAGCAACAGCUGAAAUUAAAGAUUACAGAACGAGACUGAGCGAACAAAGUGAAACGAUAAAAGAGUUUGAGAAUAAUUUCAAAGAGUCGAUCAGUUUAGAAGAAAAUUUGAAAAAUACUCUAAUCAACAGAGAAGAGUACAUUGUUGAACUUGAAAAGAAACAAUCGUUGUUAGAGCACCAGUUACAAGAGAGUGAAUGCAAAAUGGGGACAUACGAGGAACAGUUAUCGUCCCUAAAAACGCAUAUUGCAGAGUUACAGGAAGAUUUUGGUGAAUUUGAGACUCUAAAUGAACUUCAUGAAAUGGUGAAUCAACAACGAGCCAAGUUACUAGAAGCGACUAGACAAAAUGGAGAACUUGCUGAAGCUUUACAAAAGAAAGAUAUGGAGCUGAUACGACAUUUGGACACAUUUGGUGAACACGAACAGAUUCUAGAACAGAGAAAUGGUGUCAUAAAAAUGUUGUCAGAGAAAGAUGAAGAACAAACUAAUAUUAUAAAACUUUUGAGAACUAAUUUGGAGAUGAGGAAUCAAGCCGAUAUUGAUCUUAACCAGCAAAUUACAGACAAAAAUGCAGAGAUCCAAGCUCUUCUCACAAAUGUUGAAACGAGAAAACAACAAAUAUCUCAAUUAGAGAAAAUCAUUUUGACGUUAGAGGACCAAACUCGUAAAGCUAGCAUGCAAAGAAGAAAUGAUCAAGAUAAGAUCAAACUGUUAGAGCAAAAAAUAGUCGAAUAUGAGGCAUACCACAUGGAAAAUAGGCACAUUGAAGUUCCAGCCAAUAAUUUAGAUAGUAUAAUAAAAAUUCUAGAAGAUGAGCUUGGAACUCCAUUUGAACCAUCAUUAAUAAAUAAAGAGCAUGAUUUUCUGACCAAAAAGAAAUAUUUAGCUGAUCGUAGAAGAGACAAACAUGAAAACUUUGAAUGUCACAAAGGUAUCAACCAGCCUAAUUACCAAAACGAUCAUGAAACGCUCCCUACUAAAUUGGGCAACUUCAUCAAGAAAACAUACAUAUCAACUAAUGAAGAACAAUUCAAAGGUGAUAAUCUAGACCGUAAAAAAGCUAUCAUGAAUAUUGAUACACAGAAAUGGGCUGCCCCUCCUGAGCCCAACAUAAACGCGUAUCCCAACAUGCCCAAUCCUACAUCGAUAAAAGAUAAUAUCUACCCACCGUUCAGAGGACUGCUUCCAGCUAGUAGCCACCUUAAAGAUAAUUUGUUGUCUAGAAAUAUACAAUUAUUGACCAGUAAUCAACUACGUGACGAAAAAAAGUGUAAGAUGUUUAAAAUUGCUGGACAUCGGCUAUGA